GAAAAAGCUCAAACCCUGGCAUAUUAUGAAUCUUUAUUUAUCAACUUCAAAAUUCAAUUUUUCCCAUGAUUCUGGCUUAAAAUAAAAUUCUUACAUUGAAUAAUAUCUGUUUCUGUACAUUAGCAAUGAAGGCUCAACUUUCGGAAAUUCUGCAUUUUCUUCUCACCAACAUCCGCGUCUAAUCACUCAAACCAUUUUUAGAUACAUACCUACAUAAUUAUGUGCAUACAUAGGUAUAUUCAUUUCUUACACACCUAUUGACAUUAUUACGUGCAUACUAAGUACAUUUACCUAAUCUACGCAUGCAUUUCAAAGCCGAAUUAAAUGCAUUCGAGCUGUAAUCAAACUGGUACCUGUGACCUAGGUAUUAAAAAAUUUCCGAUGGGCACGUGCUCCUUCGAAAAGAUUCAAACGAGGGAUAUUUUUAAUUAGAGAAAUGUAUACCGGGUAGCCUGCUUUUAAAAUGAACAAACAUCAUUCUAAGAAGGAAGUUCUUGUGUAGUUAUAGUUUGCAAAUGAAAGAGAUACCUAUAUGUACGUACGUUGAAUUUUUUUUUCAAUCAAAAAGAAAAAUGAUUAGGAUAGCUGCAAAACGACGUAAGUACUUGAUACUUAUCAAUUGGUACCUACUUUUGUAACAAACCGAAUAUACGAGUGAGUACUUUAAAAAAUGAACUUCUUUUUGAUGUUUUUCUACUCGUAGAUCGAUCAUUUUGCUCCUAUCACUGUCUAGGUAGGCAACUUAUUCAGCAGUAUUGGGUUAUCAGUUAUCGAAGUUUCUUUUUCAGAGUACGGCGCGGUGCCAGUGCAGCUUCUCGACGUACUCGACGUCUAGUCAUGUGUUUUUCCAGACUUUGGUUGAAAAUAAUAAAAUGCGAUACGAUAGCACCUAACUAUAUAAGUUGUUACAAAGAAAUAACUAUACAUUUUUUAAUUGAGAAUAUUUUUGAACAAUUUCAAUGAUUUUUAAAUCGUGUCCUGCCUUGUGUGCUUUAUUCAGUGUGAAACAUCUAGAAUUCUAGUAUUUGCUUACGUCCUCGUGGUUACUAAACAUUAUGGUACCCUGACGUUAAUCAUCAAUUUCAGAUUAAUUUGAUUAGUUUGUUGCUUGUUCAGCUAGUUCAGCUGUUGAAUUGUGUUUUGUAGCGUUUAUUGUUUUGUAUUGACUAUUGAUAAGAAGAAUCUACCUCAAAGUAUUUUGCAUCCAUUCCCAAUUAUUGCAGAUUCGCAGCUUCUUGAUUAAUAACAACGUGGUCGUGGUCAUCACUGCGAAUUAACUAAUCUGCUACAAUCGGUCAAUCGCUGAUUAUUCUUAUUUUGGUUGCAUCGCUAAGAUGGCAUACAUGCAAAUCGAAGGAGCAGCCGACGCAGCUAAAGUUAAAAGUUUGAAGCAAGCUCUACUUAGAGGAAUUGUAGAUAUGGGAUACGAAAAUAAAUUGGGAUCAAUUAUCUACCCAGCCAUACUCAAAAGGGAAACGAAUCAUUGUUUGAUUCCUUUUGAUUCAAUUUCCGAUCAAGAAAAAGUACUUAUUUAUUGUACUUCAAUCAUUGAGAUGGUAGAUUUGUCAAGAGGGGAAUGUCAGGCUGUUAUUUUUGGAAAGUCGGAAAAAUUUCUAAAAAUGACAGAAACUACCAUCGAGUGUUUAACUAAGCAUAUGGAACUAAAAAAAAGCUCUGUUUUAAGAGUUGAUAAAGGUUCAAUCGGAAAAGACCCUCAGCAGUGGAGUAUUCUGCUGGGAAAUCCUGGAGAAAUAUUAGAGUUGUUUAGAAGGCGUAGUAUAAAUAUGGAGAAUUUAAGUUGGGUGAUUUUCGAUGAAUUAGAAAAGUUUACGGUGCCAGAAUAUGUAGUUGUAUCAUAUUUGAAAAACAAAAAUUUUAAUUGUAUGCAUACGUCGAGUCUAUGUUUUGGCAUAGUGAUUAAAAUGCUUCAAACAAAUUCAAGAGUAGGGCCACUUCCGGAAAAUGCCAACCACCGAAACUGCGCCAUCGCGUCCAAAAACACGAAGAAGGAAAAAAAAAAUCUGAGAUCAAAAUCAUCCAGUGGCCACCUACGAGUAUAUUGUGACAGCAACAAGACGUGCUACAACGAAAAUUGUGCUGAUGGCAUAUCCGCGAAGAAGAUGAAAACGAAGAGGAGGAACAAAAAGAAGAAAAAUCCAUCCACAGUGGGACCAUGUUUAAAUGCUGUUAAAAUAAAAGAAACAGGAAGUGAUGAAACUGGACGUAUUGGUAUUGAUGUGAAACGCAAAUUUAAGCGAUUUGCGUGAAAAGAAGUACUUUUUUCAAGUUUCUGUUCAAGUUGU